ACCCGGGGCCCGUGCAACCUGUCCCAGCCAGCGUCGAUGUGUAGUGCUGCUGUGUCCGACGACCAGUGGAGUUUGCUCCGAACGGACCGUGACCAUCGCGCCUGCGUCCACACACGCACUUAAACUGACGUUCAGUGCUGUAACACCACGGUACGUAUAGUAUUGUACUCGCGCCUUACGGGCCCGCGAACGCCAACGCCGUCGAUCCGUCCCGUCUGCACUAUCGCUGUUGCUGGCGUCUUGGAUGAUCGCCCCGCGCACGAAUCGCUGCAUCCGCUAAUGAGGAAGACCGACCACUGCCGUCCCAUAUCGUAAUCCAGGUAUAUUGUCAUGUCUUCGGAAAUGUUGCGAGUAGACAAUCUGCGUCAACGAUUGUUCUGCAAUACAGUAUUAGAUAUGAAAAGAGAAAGCCGGUGUCCUGUUUGUAACGCCGUUUUCUCUACCACAUACAGUAUGCGUAUGCACUUGCAAACCGCCCACAUGGACUUGGAACCACAAAAUCUGUCAGCCAAGUCUUAUUUCUACAGAGAGUUCAAUAAUAAUAACAAUAUAAAUAAUAACAACAACAACAACAACAAUAAUAAUAACAGCCCUACUAUUAAGUCGCCUAAGAAAAUCAAUAGUCCAGACCGUUUUCAACACGUAACGCCUGCCAAAUCUGCGUACAACGGUGACUCUACAUGUAGCACAGAUUUUAGCGAUGGCUACCCUUCUGAUAAAGACUCGUACUUUGGUAACUCCCCCAAGGACGAAAUUCCAUUGUCGGUCACCACUGGGUUUUUAUCUCAAUCGCCCCCCAAAAGAAGUCAUAGCGGAAGUAAUCAUUUGAAAAGCAAGCGCACAUAUACGUGCAGACUUUGCUCCACAGUUUUUGGUAACCUUCGUGCUCUUAAAGGUCACAAUUCGUCCAGUCAUAAUAAGUCAACUAACGGAUUGUACGCAUGUAACAUUUGUGAAUUUGCCAGCACCGAAAAAGCAUCGCUCAACCACCACAUGAAAGGUCACACGGGCGAAACUCCGUACGUUUGUAAAAAGUGUUCAUAUGCGUUCACAACCAAAGCCAACUGCGAGAGACACCUUAGGACCAUACAUAAAGCGUCUAAUGCUGAAGUUAAGACUUCUAUUUUGUUUAAAAACGAAGAAAAACCGUCCUCGGCUCAAUCCAAUGUUGAUGUUAAGACAGACAAUCAAUACAAAAUGGAAUAUUCGCUGCAAAGUGAUUGCGGUCAAAAAAGUUCAGACGAAGAAGACGACGUGGAUGAGCCAUUAGAUUUAAGCGUAAAACGUUUUAAACCAGACUUGGACUCCGAGCCUCAAGACUUGUCAAUUAAUAGUAAAAAAUCAGAAACUACAGACGAUGAAGAUUAUAAAUCUGUGAAUUACAGAGAAAAUUUUAUACCUCAACCUGCUCCUCCUUACAUGGACUUGUCAAUACCAACUCCAUUGCAUGCUUACUUCCUCAACGAGCAUAGGAUGUUUUUUAAUGGCAUAUAUCCAAAUCCAGAACGGAUGCUUCCUUUACCACUUACAGUAGACAUGAUAAGAGCUAUGAGGCAAAUGAACGAACCACCUUCCAUACCAGAAGCGGCCGAGGCUCCGCUUAAUACACCCGAGGCGCCAGAACCAUCAAUCGUAGCACGGACUACAUCGCCCUCUUCAGUCGAACCUCAAAAACCCAAAGAUACUAAUGGCCUUAGAUUAGUAAUGAAAAAUGGUAUACUGGUGCCUAAACAGAGGCGAUUCAGAACUGACAGACCACACGUGUGUGAUACCUGUAAACGAGCUUUCACUCUUAAAUCUAAUCGGGAUCGACACGUUAAAAAUCAACAUCCUACAGAUUGGCACAAGAAACCUCGAUCUUUAACAAAAAGUGAACCUGAAUUUUCUACCAUCAAAAACGAACAAGACUUGGCGCCAAUUUCGGAUCAUGUCAAAAUGGCCAUAUCACUUAAAUGCCGUCAACCAGAACAGCGAUCAUCCGAACUCGACGAUGAAGAAAUGAACGAAGAAGACGAUGAGGACGAGGAAGACAUUAUGGAAGAAGACAAAUUGGUAAUUGUAGAAGAUGGUGCAACUGAUAAGCCCGCUGUUGAGGCCAAAGAAGAGACCGCUGAUUUGGCUAGUGUAUCUCGGCUUUUGGAUAAUGCCUCUCACCAGACAUUCCCGCAGUUCACCAGAUCUGAUGAAGACCAUAACGAAGCAACCAGUAGUGAAGAAGAACAUAGUGAAGGCGCUUGCUAUUCCGAAAAUGACGGAGCGAACAAUAAUAACAGUAGCAGUACAGAUAUAAACUUUAACAACGAUAAAGAUGAGAACCGUGAAAAACGGAAAAAAGUUAGUGCUUAUGCCGCCGCCCCCAACCGAGUGCUUUGUCCCUUCUGCUAUCUCUCUUUCCCGUGGACGUCGUCUUUAAAGCGGCAUAUCCGCACACAUACCGGUGAAAAGCCUUACCAAUGCAAACACUGUCCGUUGUCGUUUUCUACUAAGUCAAAUCGUGACCGUCAUAUUUUACGGUUACACUGCACACCAGCUAGUAAACUGACAACAGCGUCAUCUCAAGACGAUAUUCCUUCUUCGGGCGAUUCAAAGAAUUUAUACAAGUGUACAUCUUGUCCCAAUACUACCUUCUCAAAGCGCAAAAACCUCAUAAGUCACAUAAAUCGUGUACAUUUUGAAAAAAAUUGUGUGGAUGAAGAACGUGAUAGAUCAAAAGUUACAGUCGCCUGUGCUGGUGAAAGCACAGAUGAUCCUGAAUUAGAAAGAGAUUUCAAUGUACUGCCUGCAGUCGCUUCAGCUGGUAACUGUAGUGCUACUUCCGGUUCCGACCCAUGUUUCAAAUGCCAUCUAUGCGACAGUAGCUAUUUAGAACGCCAAAACGCUCUAGAUCACAUCAGGAUAAAUCACGCAGAAUGUUAUGAAAUUCUAAUGUCCCAAGGGGCUAUGGACAAUGACCAUGAUGCUUCAGCAAUUAAACAGGACGAUGUAGAGAAUAGAAAGGUAUUAUGUGCUUUUUGUUUACAUCGUUUCUAUUCGGCAGAAGACUUGCGUCGUCACAUGCGCACCCAUACCAAAGAACAACCAUUUGCAUGUCAGUCAUGUAAACGUCGAUUUACACUUAAGCACAGUAUGGUCCGGCACAUAGCGAAAAAACAUGGUGGUGCUACUAUACAUGACAAUUACAGCAGUGAUCAUGACCAAAGAUCUCGUAGUUCCAGUCCACCCUUGGCUAUGUCUUCAUUGUCUCAGUCAUCAUAUGAUGACUGUAACCGUACUGACACUGGCCUGAUUGGAACAUUAUUAGGUAUACGAGAUAGUACGGUUAUCGACCAAAUGCUGCAAACUAAGUCACCUGAAGAUGCAGCCAAAAUGUUGGGCAUUAAGAACAGCAAUUAAAACCAUUCUACCUAAGUGAUUAACGUACUUCUAGCAAAUCAUAACAUUGUUUAUAAUAUAGACUAUUUUUAAUUUCUGUUCUCCUUGAUACUCAAUUUUAAUAUUUGAAACUGUGUUAUGGGUUUCCUGUAUAUCGCAAAAUAAUGAUAAUGUGUUAACAUUUUUUAACGGUAUAUGUUAUUAUUGCUAUUAUUUCAGAUUUUAUUAUUUGGUCAGUACUCUUUAUUUUUUAUUUAAUCGGGUCAGUACCAUAAAUGUGUACAUUACGUUUAAGAUACUAAUCCGGUUCAGACCAAAUUGAAGUCUGUAAAUGAAUUAUGAGUAUCAAGGAUAUUGUUUUAACCCAAAUAUAAUGUUUGUUAAUCAUCAAG